ACCCACGGUAAAAUAAAAUCACAGCACACCACUCACAUAUGAAACCGAUUUUUGGCAUAAUCACUUCCAACAAGUAUCCCCUAAAUCUCUCUCCCCUAUUCAAUUUCUCAAUUCAAAUCUCUCCCAAACCAUAUCUCUAUAAAACUCUCUCUCCCUAUCCUAAAUCCAAACCAAACCUAAAAACUUAGGGUUUCUCCUUUCUCUUACACAAUGAAAGCUUCACUCAAAUUCCGUGAUGAACAAAAAAAACCACUAUUACGAGCCAAAAUUCCACUAAGCAUUUUAGGCGCACCAUUCCAAUCAGGAAUUGUAGCUGGCGAUUCAAAAGAACUUACACUUAAUCUCUCAACUUUCUUCCAAUCAGGUCCAUCUCUUAAACUCGCUUAUCGACCAAACGAUUCUCAAAACCCUUUCUCAUUAAUCGUUAAAACCGGAACCGGUUCAUUUGGUUCACCUUUUUCUAGCUCUAUGUUAAUGAGUUGUGAGUUUAAUUUACUAAACCGGAAUAAAACCGGUGGAGCGCAACCACUUUUUAUGCUUCAUUUUAAACCUAGGUUUGGUGAUUUUAGUUUUAAGAAAUCUCAGUCGUCGAUUUUAGAUGUUAAGAGUUAUGCUUUUAAUAAUCAAAACGGUGGCGUUUUAGGGAAAGAUGAUGCUGAGAUUGAGUUUGUUGAAUCUCCGGUGAAAUUUAAUUCGCCGGUGAUUGAGGCGUUUUCUGGUGGAAAGGUGCACAUUCCGAGUGCUGGUGCGAUUGCUGGUUUGUUUUCUGGUACUGAGGUUGCUGCGAGGACGGUUUUGCCGAUUAGGGGACGUGCAGCGGUGAAUUUUCGAUGGGGGGUUAGGGUUCCGGCGGAGAUUAAAGGGGAGAAUCAGAGUAGUUUUAAGAAGGUUCCGUUUCUUGUGAUGGAUAAGAUUGGGAUUGAACAUUUGCCGGCAGAGUGUGUGGAUUUGAAGAAAAGUAAGGUUCCGGCGAGUGGUGCUGAUGUGGCUGAUAUGUGUUUUGUGGUGAAGAGACAAAUGGAAAUUUUGCAGGCGGAGAAUGGAUUGCUUAAGAAUGCUGUGGAGGAUCUUCGGCGAGAAUUUGCUAGCGUACAGGUUGGAGGAGGUUCGGAGUUUGGUAAGUAUAGAGAGUUUGAGAGGAGUGGUGGGAAAGGGAAAAACUCUGAUGGGAGAAAAAAUGAGAAGAAAACCGGAUCGGAUUUUAAUGGAUAUCCUCCAAAAUCAACUGAGGCUGAUGCUAGCGAGGAAUUGAAGAAGGCAUUGAGGGGAGCUACCACUGUCGGAGUUUGAAUUCAGAAAAGAUGUAAUCCGCGUUAUGGUGCAGUCAAUUGUAGUUCGUUUGAAUUCGUCGAAUCGACAUUUUAUUUCACAAUUUUGUUCAUAAAUAUGUUUCUGGUGGAGUAGAAUUGUGUGUGUUUGUCCGUCACAAAUUUAUAGUUUAAGUUUAAGUUUUAGAACUGCAAAUUUGCUUAUUCAUUGUCAUGUAACUGAUGAUGAUAUAAAUAUGAUGAUUUGUGGUUGAUUUAUGGUAUUCAAAGCCUGUUCUUGUACUUAGUUUGUUGCAUUCAAGUUAUAAAUGAAAUAACAAAUGUUGGGCAGAA